AUGUCCGUCGCGCUGACGAAAAAAAUCCUUUUCGUCUUGGGCGGUCCUGGGGCCGGGAAAGGCACACAGUGCACUAAGUUAGUCGAGAAAUUUGGUUUUGUUCACUUGUCGGCUGGAGACUUAUUACGUGAGGAGCGUGAGUCAGGAUCGUCUAAUGGUGAGCUUAUUGAUCGAAUGAUUAAAGAAGGACAAAUUGUACCCGUAAAGAUUACGCUAAAUCUACUCCAGCAAGCGAUGGUCAAGAGUGGCCGCGACCUGUUCCUUAUUGACGGGUUUCCACGCAAUUUUGACAAUUUGCAAGGAUGGCAAGAGGAAAUGAACGAGAAUGAAUUUCAAGUGCAGGGUGUGCUGUUUUAUGAUUGCCCUGAGAACGUCAUGGAGAAGCGGCUACUGGAGCGUGGCAAGACGAGCGGACGCACCGAUGAUAACGCCGAGGCUAUCCGUAAGCGCUUUCGCACGUAUCUUGACUCUACCAUGCCUGUUAUUAUGCAUUAUCAGACACAGAACAAGGUGUUUAAGGUCGAUGCUACCCCUGGUCCCGACGAGGUUUUUGAAGCUACUAGCGCUCUGAUCGGACCUCUCGUCGCCAAGUAA